UGAGGUCCUGGGUGGGCGAUGCGGCCGUGAUGGGGCAGAAUAGACCAGCUUCAUUCCUACCAGAUGCUGGCGGCAGGGGCUGCCGUGGUGGGCGUCAUCCAACGUAUCCCUCAGCCUUUGUGUGUCCGGUAUUUUUUUGGAGUUAAUGGAGCCAGAAGAAACUCUAGAAUCAGGGAGUUCAGAAAAGUCGCUAUUUUCCACACAGCAAGAGUAUGAAGAAUCCCAAGCAGAAGAGAUAGGUGCUGAGAACCCCCUUCUGCAGCCCGUGCUCACGGGGAAUGUGGAAGGUUUACAGAAGGUUUUCGAGGACCCUGAGCAUCCUCAUCAUGAGCACGCGGUGCAUCUGCUUUUGAAAGAAGACACUGUUGGGAGAAAUCUGCUGUACGCAGCUUGCAUGGCUGGCAAAAGUGAUGUCAUUAAAGCCUUGGCAAAGUAUGGGGUGAAUCUGAAUGAGAAAACUGCCAGAGGGUACACGCUCUUACACUGCGCUGCAGCCUGGGGCCGCCUGGAAACUUUGAAGGCCCUGGUGGAACUGGAUGUUGAUAUAGAGGCUUUGAACUUCCGGGGAGAGAAAGCUCGAGACGUUGCUGCUCGCUAUUCUCAGAUUGAAUGUGUUAAUUUUCUGGACUGUGCGGAUGCAAGGCUGAUUCUGAAAAAAAUUAUUACAAAGUCCUCCCUCAUCAUUACUGACCCAGAAAAGGGGCCAGGGAAACUCUUUAAGGAAGACAAGAAUGCCAUCCUCAAUGCGUGCCGUGUGAAAAGUGAGUGGCUGGAAAGCCAUCCCGAAGCUUCCAUCAGUGAGCUUUUUGAGCAGAAACAACAACUGGAAGAUAUCGUGUCCCCCAUCCUAGCAAAGAUGUCCACACCACGUCAAGUGAAAAGUGCCAAAUCGAUAACCUAAGCCCUGGUCAGCAGAGAAGUCAAGGAUGUACCUUCUACAGAUGCCACAUGGUCUAGAAGGCUACAUUACAUUUCAGUAUUAAAUAAGACAAACCUGCUCCUGCCAAAUUCAAGAAGUAGAUCCAGGGUUUUGCAGAAAUGUCUGGGUACAAAUUCAGUCACCUGGCUUUGUGUUAGACUGUUCAGAAUACUCCCACCUGGUUCAGGGGCUGGGCCUCUGCUCCUCGAAGCACAGCUCCUCAAAAGUCCUCCAAGGCUCCGUUCUCCUGAGUCCUCCAAGCACACAAGCACGUCUCUUCUCGAGUUCCUGUGUUCCUUCAGGAGAGCUGAGCGAGGCUUUAAGCACCACACAGAAAAGCUAAUAGUUUUCUGUGUAACUGAGGCAAGAAAUUUCCACUUGACUAGGGAAUUCCAUUUUUAAAAGAUGCAUUAAGCCAUUUGUUAAAGGAAAGCGGGUGUUCCUUCUCUUUCAAAAAGCAAAUUCUAAGAAUUGUAGUUCCCCCACCCCUACCCCCAGAGAUGGGGUCCUCUGGUCACCUGGAAGGUGGGAUAUAGUUUCUGACGAUAUCCCACAGAUCUGUGGUUUCCCGUCUCAGGGUUUGGUAACACACUGUAACUGCUACCAUGGCGCUUCCCACCGGUCUCUUUUACAUUGCCUGUGUUUUAAAGGUCCUGGCUACAGAAAGGGUCUUCAGAAAGUACCUCUGCAGGACCCUGAACUUCCUAUUACUUUGUGACUUUCCAGGGAAGUUUUUAUAAAAAAAAUAAUAUAUAUAUACAUAUAUACAUAUACAUGUAUAUAUAUUAAAAAGGAGAAAAUCAUUUUAUCACUUUUUCUUCUUGGUCUUGCUAUGCAAACUAUUUUUCACUUUAGAGGAGAAAGAAAACAAGGGAGCCAUUCAAUCAUCCUUGUCAGAUGAUGUUCUCUUGGUCAUGCUCUUGAGGUCAUCUUGUUUUAAAUGUUUCCCCAAGUUUCCACUUUGAAGAUCUUUUCUCCAUAUGAGCAAUUGCCACUUGGCUUCCUUCAGCAGAAACACAGAUGCUAGCCCAUCUCUGGGACACCCAGAGGAUCCACUGCUCGUGGUAGGCAGAGAUCUGUGCUUGUCCCUUUUAGGACAAUCUGUACUCGGUGCACAUCAGCACUGAGAUCAUUAAGAAGAGCCUAGGUGCCGUUGGUGGGUAGUGCUGUCAUUUUUAUUCUAAGCCACGUUUCCUGAGCCUUGAUCAUGAACACAACAGUGGUUUCUAGGUCUCUCUGCUCCUGCUAAGUAGGAAGGGAGUCUGAAACUCACUUUUAUUCCCAGGUAAAACAAGCAUUUUUAACAACUUACAGAACUUCUCUCUCCCUCUUUGCCUCACAAUCUUUGUCCUCAGACGUUUUAUAGCCUUUGAUACACUUGCUAACACAGUAUUUGUACAGUUCUUUGAAUUGGCGCCUUUAUACCAACUUUCUCAUAAUCUCCUUUUCUAACUCCCCACCAGCUUCUAUUCUUCUUCUUGAUCCUCAUUGUCAGAUCCUCUCAGGAUUCAAUUUGGAUUCUUGGUGGGACAAUGGUGGUUCUUCACCUCAUGACCAUCUCUGUCUCCAAUAUCACAAAGAUCUAACCUUUCCUUCUUUGGAGCAUUUAUAGUACCAGAAGCCUCAUUCUGUGUCCUGUGGGAUGAGGCCUCCCCCAGUCUGUGUCCUAUGGAAUGAGGCCUCCCCCAUUCUGUGUCCUGUGGAAUGAGGCCUCCCCCAUUCUGUGUCCUGUGGAAUGAGGCCUCCCUCAGUCUGUCCUGUGGGUUGAGGCCUCCCUCAGUCUGUGUCCUGUGGAAUGAGGCCUCCCCCAGUCUGUGUCCUCUGGAAUGAGGCCUCCCCCAGUCUGUGUCCUGUGGAAUGAGGCCUCCCCCAGUCUGUGUCCUCUGGAAUGAGGCCUCCCCCAGUCUGUGUCCUCUGGAAUGAAGUCUCGUCCUUUGUCCUGUGGAAUCGCUCACAUGCUUCUCUCUCCAUGUGAAUGAGUAUGGAUCUCUAUAAAAGGAAGACCUUUUGUUGGGAACCUUCCUUAUAACUGAAGAGCUUGUAAAAUUGUAAGUUGGUAAGUAAAAGUUGAAUUGACCCACUUAGUACCAUCUUACUCCCAGUUCCUAGCAUUGCUUAGUACUACCUUGUAUUCAUAGAGCUCAUCCCCUCUUCAUUUAUGGAGCUUGAUUACCGUUAUAGACAUGCUACUAACCUUAGCUUACGCCUUGCCUAUGCCAGUGUGCCACUGCAAUACCCACUUCUUCCACAGACAAGCCAGAAGCACAGCAAACAUUGUGGCUCUCUAUUGCUCUCUCCCAACUGUAUAGUCCCUAAACUUUGAUCUUGAAUGUUAUGGACCUGGUGUUUCCCAUAGGAUCCUUGGAUCUUAUUUCAGACACUCCUUUGAUGUGGGAUCUGAACACUGACUUAUAUAUGUGUAUUCGUAACUUCAUAACUUGAGAGAGAUGAUAUCAGUUAUCACCUGUUGUUGCUCUGACCUAUAGGUAGAUCAAUAGGAGAUUUAGAUGCUCUUAGGCUGUGAGUUUGAUGUGAUUUCAUUAGCUGCAUGGUGUUUUCUGACCUUGUAUAGACUAAAUUACUUUUUUUUUUAAAAAAAGCACAUGCUAACAGUUCAGGAAUGCCUCCACAGUAUUUGAAAGGGAGGCAAUUUAAUGCUAAGGUCAUUUCCAGGUGGUAGUUCUUUAGGUUUUGUCUUUCAUUGGUCCUAAAAUGUAAAAAUAUAAAGGUAUGUAUUAAUGUAACAUUAUUAAAAUAACAACUGCUGCCUGUUAUCACUGUCAUGUAACAAAAAAUAUUUUAACUCCAAAAAGUAGGGCUACGUGGUGACAAUGUGAACUGAAUAAAUGAAGCUUCAUUACAGAACUUUAUGUUAGACAUACUCUUCUCAUUUUGCCUCGCAUGAUAGAACUUUUAUCAUAUACCAGAACUGACCUAGUGUCUAACUUUUCACAUCUACCACUCUAGAUGUCAAACUGAUGUUUGUUUUAACAUCAAACAUUGUACAAGGCUGACAGUUACUCUAGUGUUCAUCUAAUAUGCAGUAGAUUAUGUUGUACAGGCUAGCCUAAUCUCCCACUUCACACACUCCUCUUACUGUGUGGUCCUGUCAUUUUUACUGUAGCAAUAUGAGUUUCUGGUCUCUCUUGAAUCCAAGGAGCUCAUGACUAUAGUUGAAAAUGGUGUCAUUUCCAAUGCUAGGUUAUAAGAGGUUGAUUUGGCUUCUGCCUCAGUCUCUCUUAAGAUACUGCCCUGGAAGCCAUUCUUUGGGGACACAAACAAGGAAAGGAACUGAGGUUCAAGCCUGCAGCUCCAACUGUGCUCCGUUCAUCUAGCCAUUGCUCUCAACCUGCCCAGACCAUGAAGGCGUCAGCUUGGAAAUGGACUCUCCAGUCAAGCCCCUGUUUGAAGCUAAGUGGAAUGGAGACACACUUUCUCUGCUGAGUUCCACCAAAAUCAUGAACUUCUGAGAUAAAUAAAGGUUUUGUUUUAAGCUA